UUGUGAUUAGACAGCCUGAAACAGGAGUGAUAACAAAGAUGACAGUUACCAAAAUUUUGAUCGUCGUGUCUUUAAUUGGAGCGCAUGUGUUGGGAUAUCCUCCGCAAGGAAGGCUUAUGCCAGACGGAGGACUGGUUCCCGAGGACGCUGCUGAACACGAGGACUCCAUAGCGUCCGCUUCGGAAGUAAGCGAAGAAUACGAAGACGGCGACGAUUCGGACAUGUACAUGGAACCAGAAACCACCGAGUCCUAUCAGGUAGAGAAACAAGAAGAAGAGUCGCCUGAAAAUCACAAGAACACAACGGAAGAAGUUCCAGUCGAAAUACCCGAGAAGAAGGAGGAACAAGCAACAAGUACUGUCACAGAGAAGGCCAAGUCGAAAGACCAGGCAGCAGAAAAUACCAAAGAAACAAGUCAAACGGAAGCGUUGAAUCUCGAAGACAAAAGUUUAGAAACAGAUAGUCAAAAUUUCUUCCCUUCGUUUGCAGAGCUGUUCGCAAAUCACAGACUUCCUUUCACGGAGCAGCAGAGGUACCGGCCAAACAGAUUCUUGGGAUACUUCCAACGAGAUCGCAACGGUUAUCAAACAGCAGCAGCGAACACGAAAGACGUCCAUCAUCCUCUUCUAGGAUCGGGAAACUUCGGCGUGAUUCGAGGUGGAACUUACUACCCUGAGGACAAGGAAACCGACGAAUACUCGAUGGACGACAGUUUGUACAAUCCUUACUAUCACGGUGGAAAUCGCGGCCGAGCGAACUAUUUCAGAAAUCCGAAACCGCAGCCGAUUCGCGGCGGCGACUUUUUCGCGAAUUUCCGAGAUUUCGCAGACAUCACAGCUCCGCCCAAGUCCAGUUUCUCCCAUUUGUCCGUGGUUUACGCGAAUAAAAAUGGCAGCACAACUGGACGCAUCACGGAACCGAGAAAUAUCAUCGAAACUCUGCGAAUGUUGGAGCAGGAGGAACAGAUGAGCUCGGAGAUAGUUACCACGACAGAAGUACCGAGGAAGAAGCAGAGCAACGGUAAAAGAAAGCUGAUCAAGAUGAAGGAGUACGAGGAGGACAAAGCUAGAAGAUCCCGUAUGACUGUUGAACCUUUGUUAGCUCUGAGCUGAACGUAAGUUUGAUAUUCGAGUUGUGUGGUAGUGCGGACGCGAACUUUGGGAUUUUUUCCCAGAUAUGAAAUUUGGCUACGAGAUCGGAACCAAAGUCUGAAAAGUGUUGUCACAUCCUACUAU